AUGUUAGAUUUCGCGUUGCGUGGGAAAAGUAAAUCGUUUCCUAAAAAACUCAGCUCCAUUCAGCCUGUUAUGGACAAGGACGGCGAGGGCGGCGAGGCGGGGAAGGCGCCGCCCGACGGCCUGCUCGAUGCCGCUGGUCUCUUUGGUGCUUAUUGGGGGCGCGAUGGAGGUGCCGGUGGUGGAGGGGGCAGUGCAGCGGCGGCGGCGCAAGCGCAGGCGGCGCUCUUCGGUUUUGGGGGUCGGUACCCACCGCCAACAACACUUGGUGUUGCCGCUAACCAAGCAGCGUCGCUCGGAUUACACCCUGCUGCCAGUGCAGCCUGGUGGUCAAUGGCAUCCCACCUGGCGGCUCAGGACUACUUAGCCCGUCUUCAAGCGUCGGGUCUAAACUUCCCACCUUUAGCAGACCCUUACGCUGCGUUGUCAGCGCUGUCGGGCGCUGGAUUGAAGCAGCCACCUAAACCUGGAAAACUGUCCUCAUCGAGAAAUGAGAGGUCAGGUAGAAGCAGUACAUCAUCCAGCACAUCAGCCAAGGACAAGAGCCCGUCGACAAGCUCCAGUUCUCAAAAUAUGAGAGCACAAUACGGUCUUCCGAAAACGUCAUCACCAUCGGCAAUGCAUUCUCAUUCGCAGUCUCUCUCAAGUCUCGCCUCUCUCAAUAGUCUGGUGUCUGCUUCUCAUCAGAGCAAGCCUAACAAACCGUCUGCACCCCCACCCUCGAAAAAGCCAUCCUCGUCCUCCGGUGUCUCGAGCUCAAAGGGUAAGGAGCGCGAGCUGGCGCUGCUGCGCGGAGACCUGAUGCUGGCGCAGGCGGCCGCUCACGGCGCCUACCACGCCGCUGUCGCCGCCGCCGCUAAGGGGAAGAAUAUGUCACCACUGUACCCGUUCGGCAUGCCCGGUUCAGACAAGGACCGACAUGCUGGUAUCGAUUCACUCACAGGUCUCCCGCACACCAUACUGAGUGAUCCAUCGUCAGUGCUCGGUGGAGUUCGAUUACCUCCGGACACGGAAAUAAUCAAGUAUACGUCAUCAUUAGCGGGACCCAAGGGUGGAGCAGGCGGAACGACGCGAGGUCGCAAGAAGACCAUCUCGCUGGACCCGCCGCAUGUCAGCCUACACCCCGCCGCCGAGCGACCCGACCGGACCGCGCCGCUGCCCAGCAAACGACCCAAACUGGACGAGUACGGCAAUUCCCGGUCGUCGGUUGAAGUGAUCCGCCUUCCAAACAAACCAGACCGGCCCGGGGCCAACUCCAUGUCCGGCACACCACCGCCUAACCUUUCUGACUAUGCAGGUAUAUCCCGAGAGCUAUUGCAGACAAUAGCUAGCCAGAGCGGCGUGAGCCUGGCCGCGCUGGAGCGACAGCUGGCUGGGUCUAGCGGAGCUGUCGGAGAUUACAGGACUGCAGAUUCAGGUUUAAACCUAAGCACAAAAAUGGGCUCUGAGUCCCCUCUUGACCUUGGCGUGAAGGUCGGAGCUGAUGAUGAUGCGCCUCUCAACCUCUCGCUGAAGCCUACUCCUGCAAGUUCACAAGCAUCAGACGCUCUGUCCCGUUUGACAUCGUUGAGCAGUUCUCUCAACGCCUCCUCAAGUCACGACAGAAUAUCCCGUCGCAAGCCGGGCGUGCGGCCGCGAAGGGCGGGCCCCGAGGCGGGCGAGUCGCCGCGCCCCAAGUCCAGCGGGAGUGAGGACAGUGAAUCUGUGGCGGGGUGGGCAGGUCGCGAAGGCCGGCCCCGCAACCUCGGGCGAGGCGUGAGCAAGCCCAAGAAGAACACGGUCGCGUCGCUGCUGGCGCAGAGCCGCGCGCUCGGCCUCAGGCCUGCGCUCGCGCACCAGCUGUUAGCUGAAACUGAUUUGGAAAAGCUCAAAGCUCUAUUAGGUGAGACAGCGAGCACCGACUCGGAAUGUCCGUCCGACAGUUGCCCGUCCGAUUCUGACGCGAGCGACACCAGCCGACGGACCAACGACGCCCAGUUAAGACUGCCACUGGCCUUGGGCUGGAAGCGUGUGACAGUCAUCAAAGGUCUAUCCCGGAACUGUAGCAUCAAGGGUGACGUCACAUACACGCCGCCUGAACCUCAUGCCGCCGCCAGUAUUCGUUCGAUGCAAGAGUUGCAAAAUUUCCUGGACUCAAACCCAUCGCCUCCGUUAUCAACGGAUAACUUCAGCUUCAGUGCUCGCACGGUGCUCGGAGAAUACGUCCAGCCCGCAGCUGAUGUUGGCGAACCACUUAUAUACAACGAAAAUGAAAUUAAUAAAAGGCUGGAGGAGGCGCGCGCGCUGUCGGGCGGGCGCCCCACGCCGCCGCCGCUGGACCGGCGCAUGGAGCUGGCGCGGCUGCAGCAGGCCGCUCGCGACGCGCGCCGCGACCACAGCGCGCGCUCGCGCGACCAGGCACGCCUAGAACGCUCAGAAAAAGCAGAACUCGCCAAGCGCGAGAAAGAAGUCCGAAGUCAACAACUGCUAGAGCAUAUCAACAAGAACCGUACGCAGUUGACCAUCGAGCCGCUGCCUACGAUUCCCAAAAGUGUGAUCGACGAGUGGAAAACACCCGACAUAGUGAUGGGACCAGCCACUAAGAGUUACAGGGACCGCAUUAUGCCUCCUAUAAGUCUAUCUCUCAUACCAGUUUCGGGUCCAAAAGACAGCCAGCAUUCUCCUAUAAAGACGUUAAAAUUCGAUCAGUCUGGAUGGAAAGAAGAUAUAGAAGAAUAUAAUGCAUUAGACAAAAUGAAAGAUUUCGCUGAAAAAGCAGCAUUUGAUAUGCCUAAACGAAAAGACAAACAAUACGAUUUCUCAAUAAAAACUAUCAAUGUAGAUAAAAGAUUAAAACCACCAGAAAAAGAGAACAAUCUAGAAAAAUUAAUCGAAUCAUAUUCUAGAAUAACAGAAUUUAUAAACGGCUGUGAUUGGUCGAAGUUACAAACUGACAGAAGGACUGAGGAUCCAAAGUCUUUAGAACAAAAAUAUUUAGACGCUAAAAACGAAUUUAUGUCCGAAAACCUUAUGCUCAUGCCGAAAGACACUUCUAAAUCGGUAUUGAAAGAGGUAAUCGACCUCAGUGAGGACGAUGACAAUAUAUUAACAGAUAUUAUAUCUAAGAAAAUUAGCAAAGGGACGUUUAAUAUUGGGAAAGAUGGCGCCCUGUCAAUAUCGGUGCACCCACUUGGCACUAAGGAAAUGUCACUGGCUAAAAGGAGAAAGCAGGAGGAGAUAGAGAAACAGAAAGUAGAAGAUCAAGCUAAGAGGCAACAGGAAAGAGAAAUAAAACGCCAACAAGCUAUUCUACUUAAAGAACAGGAGCGUGAACGAAGGCGACAGCAUACAACUUUUAUCCGUCAAUUGGACUCCCGAAGAAGAUGGGAAGAACGAGAAAGAAGAAAACACCAGAACUUACUGGACAGGCUGCUUGCUAAAGAGAAGAAACUGCAGCAAAGGCGAAAGGAAAUGGAACUGCUCUCUGAAUUGAGACGGCCACAAGAAGACUCAUCUCUAUCAGACCAGAAACCAUUGCCGACCCUUAACAGGAUCCCUGGGCUAAAGCUACCCGGACAGGCGAUGGCGGAUUUACUACAAGCGUAUGAGUUCAUACACAACUUCGGACAGACACUUGGAUUUGACAUGGAGACAAUCCCGACAUUGAACACGUUCCAAAUGGCGCUGCUGCCCGACUGCAGCGUGGAAGCUGAAGAGGAACUCAUUCAAGUUUUGACACAACUGCUUGUUACUGCUAUAGAGGAUCCAGGCAUCCCCCACCCAGGUCGACAUACAACCCUAUUAGGUCACGCCAUACGUAUGGGAGAUAUUACACCCCACAACUUGAGCGAAGUGCUGCGGAUAUAUCUGUACGCGAAUGCUACGGGUGAAAUCAAGGCUUUAACUGGUCUAACAGCAGAACGGGAGCGCGAACGUCGUAUAGCAGACCACCACCAGAACGAGUCCGAAAUGCAGCUGACCUGCGCUAACACCAAGAACGCAGCUUAUUACGAACAGUUACACAACAACGCCACAUACAAGCUGUCAGAGGCCCUUCGCGACAAGCCAUACUUGGCCUUGAAUGCGACAACCAAGGCUCGUAUCCUGGCCUACGUGUGCGACGAACUGUUACAGAACAAGGCCGUGUUGAGACAACUAGACACUUCUUUAGAACACCUCAACCAACUGAAGAAGGAACGAUAUCUCAUGGAUAUGAAGAUUAGGAAGGUACGAGUACUCCACCAGCGCAAGGUCCGAGCUGAACAAACAGAGAAGCAACAGCUUCUCGCAUUGGAAAGGAUGCAGAGGCUGGUGGAAGAAAGUGCAGCUAACCUUCUAACUUCACCACCUUUACAUGAUGACGAAAAUCAACAGAUUCAGGAUAAAGCAGAAACUCCUAAGAAAGCGGAUAAGGAAUCCUCUCCGCAUCCAGAAAGUGAGACAGAGAAGCAAACAGACCACUCUCCUUACAAGGAGAACCAACCCGAAGAGAGUGACAAGGAAUUAUCACCGUUAAAGGAUUUAUCAAAUAGUAUGAAGAACAAAGAGAUGUUGAAUAACAACAAGGAUGAAUGUUCCCCGCCUGAUGUUAAGAUUGAUAAGGAUAGUAUGAUUGGUGACUGUGACGCCAUUUUAAGUGAUUUGGAGAGCGAGGGCACACAACCAGAAGAGGAUGAAGACAAAAAUCUGUCGUCGGAAGAGCUGGCUCGUAAGCUGGAGAAGCUGUUGAAGCAAUCAGAACAGCAAUUGUUACAGCUCACCGCGGGAUCUCACGCCUUGAGGGCCACUUGCUACGGACAAGAUAGGUAUUGGCGUAGAUACUGGUCCCUGGGUAAAUGCGGUGGUAUCUACGUAGAGGCGAUGGAGUCAGCACAGCCGGAAAUAAUGCAGUAUCACCACCAGUUAGAGAAUAAUUCACUCAGGGGCACAUCUCUACAGGAUAUCAAGAAGAAGAAGAAAGCACCAAGAGAAAAGAAAGACUCCCUUCCAUCCGAAGCGGAGAAGCCGUCGGAGACGGAGGCGCAGAAGAAAGAAGAAGCUCUCAAGAGUGAACUGGAACUAAAGAGUAUCAAGUCAGAGUUGAACCUCAGCGACCACACACAGAUUAUUAAAUACGAACCGAAUGUUAAACAUGGCGCUUGUAAAGUUGAAGGUUCCUCAAUAAAAAUGGAAGAAAAAUAUAUCCAACAAAAACAACACAACGAGGAAGACAUGCUGGACAUCGAAGACUCCAUUCCAACUGCAUUUUUAGUCCAAAAGCCAACCCAUAAACCAAUGUUUGCCACACAAGCUGAACCAAUGGACAAACCACAAGAAAUCGUCAAAGUUGAAAAUGUCGUUAAAAACGAAUCAGAAAUAGAAGACCACGAAGAGACGAAAGACCAACUAGUCAAUAACUUAGAAGAGCUACGCAAAAUGGCUGAAGCAGUAUCUUCUCAAUUAGAUGCCGCUAAAAAAGCAGAAGCAGAAAUAAAAGAAGAGAGAAGAGAAGAGAAACAUAAAUCUGACCUAUCAGACGCGGUUCCCGCUCACCAGCAGUUGUAUACAAAAAUUUUAGAAGGGAAAUGGUUCUCUAUCUUAAGACACGAAAGUUCAUUUUUGAAUCACGUCAAUGACGCUGAGAAGUUGGAAGUGACGGAGUUCUGCGAUAACGAACACACUUGUUCUGAGGUCAUUUUGUGUCAGGGUCAUAAGUGGGAUGUGUCAAACAACUUGCAUUUAUUAAAUGACCCAAGCUUGUUCACCCUGAACAGCAUGGUGACGAGCGUUCAAGUGCCAUCCAAUAACGUUUACGCUGAUUCGAGCUUGACCAUGUCUGGGUUAGACCAAGAUAUGAUCGACUCUAGUGUUAAUAAUAAAGAUGGUGAUGUUCAGGAAACGGAAGCUGAGGAAGAAGGCAAAGAACAGGACAACGACUUAGAAAAAGAACUUCAAGCUGAUGCUCUAAAACACGACUUAUCGAUCCAGAAAGCUAAAGCCAACAGUCUCACCAGUCUAGGGCUGCUGAACUUCAACGCGCUGUCCACGUACGUGACCUGCGACAGUCCACCGCCCAUACAGAUGUCGCUCGAAGAGUUGGAGCAGCUGGAGUACUGCAAGGUGCAUGGGUUACCAAAGAAAGUUGAGGGGAACUUUGUACCUAGGGAGAUGAGACAUGGAUGGUGGCGUAUAACAGAAGCUGAUCAAGUAAGAGAGUUGAUGGAAGCUCUGCACCCGCGAGGAGUGAGGGAGAGGGAACUACAUCAUGCGUUAAGCAAUCAGUUGCCCACUGUCAAUAAUAAGCUAUACAUAGAAGCCGGUGAUAUCCUGGCUACGGAGCUAUGUGUCUCUCAUCUGGACCGAGUGAUCGCACAGAAUGGUGGUUUCCCUUCUCCUGAUUCUCCAUCUUCCUUCUCAGCGCACACUGCUAGAAGAUGUGAUAUGCAGUUAUUGAAUAUGGUGGAGGCGCUGGAGGAGCGCGUGGCGGCGGCGUCGAUGCAGGUGAAGGGCUGGCGGCCGGCGCGCGCCGAGUCGCCGCCCCCCCCCGCGGCCCCGCCCCCCGCGGCCCGCGCGCGCCGCAAGCUGCAGGCGCUCGAGGCGCACAUCGAGCGCCGCUACCUCAAGCCGCCGCUCGCGCUCAGGUACGCUAGUAACUCAGAAGUGACCCUCGGCGCUGUCCUGCAAGCUGAACAUGGAAAUGCGUCGGCAUCUUCACCCCAGAACUCGGAAAAUGAACGAACUAGCGAAGGAAAAGACAACAAGGGCAUAGCGCGCGGGCUGGCCACGUGGCGCGAGGCCGUGGCGCGCUGCAGCACGUCGGCGCAGCUCGCCAUGCUGCUGCAGGCGCUCGAGGCCGCCGUGGCCUGGGACAAGAGCAUCAUGAAGGCGAACUGUCAGUUUUGCUUGAGCGGUGACAAUGAAGACCAGUUGCUGUUGUGCGAUGGCUGUGAUAAGGGUUAUCAUACCUACUGUUUCAAACCGCGCAUGGACAAAAUACCAGAUGGUGAUUGGUACUGCUGGGAGUGCGUGAACAAGGCUCGCGGGGAGCGCGUGUGUAUCGUGUGUGGCGGCGCAAACGGCUCGGGCCGCACCAUCCCUUGCGCGCUGUGCUCGCGCGCCUACCACCAGGACUGCCACUAUCCACCGCUACUCAAGCUGCACUGUACUGUACUGUACUGUACUACCAACGGCUCGGGCCGCACCAUCCCUUGCGCGCUGUGCUCGCGCGCCUACCACCAGGACUGCCACUAUCCACCGCUACUCAAGAAUCCUCGUGGGAAAUGGUAUUGUUCUCAAUGCAUUUCCCGCGCGCCACCCAAGAAGCCUCGGAACACGAAGAAACGUGACACGAAGCAUCGAGAACUGAACACCAGCGUCGACUUAGAUCAGAACAUGGUGCCUAGCCCAGCAGCUUCCCACGCUUCUACAUCCACCACAGCGGAGGAGUGUUCGGGCAGCGUGCUUCACACCCCAGAGAAGCAUGAAGACAAGUUGGACGACACGUUGCCCGACAGCGAGAACGGUCUCAACCAUCAUGCUGGCGAGCUCAGCGCUGAAGAAGGGCCUCCAGAGAAGCGCCGCGCGAUACACUACGGUGGGAAUGGCGCCUUACAGCAUGACGACACCGACCAACACAUGGAUGUUGAGGAACGUGACACAGAAAACCUCCCUCUCGUGCCAAGGGUAAAAAAAGAGAAGAACGCCGGCAAGAAAGUCAUCAAAGAUCUACAGUUCUGCAAAAAUCUGUUAAUGGAAAUGGAAUGCCACGAGCACGCGUGGCCGUUCCUGCUGCCCGUCAACACGAAGCAGUUCCCUCAGUACAAGAAGGUCAUCAAAUGUCCCAUGGACCUCUCAACCAUCAAGAGGAAACUGCAGGACAACAUUUACAAAUGUAAGGAGGAGUUCGCCUCCGACGUCCGCCUGAUCUUCAGCAACUGCGAGGUGUUCAACGAGGACGACAGCCCCGUGGGCCGCGCCGGUCACAACAUGAGGCAGUACUUCGACGAGCGCUGGACUCAAAUCUGA